AUGGACAACGCUCCUUCACACAUUGUUGCUGACCUGGAACUCACCAACAUCACGGUCCAGGUUCUUCCUCCUAAUACGACUUCCAAGGUCCAACCCAUGGAUGCUGGGAUUAUUGCCGCAUUCAAGAGGCACUACCGCCGGCUGCAUCUGCAGAAUGCCUUGUACCGUGACGAGCGCGGAGAAACCAACCUUUACAAGGUUGAUCAGCUCACGGCCAUGCGCUGGUCGCUGGCUGCGUGGAGCGAGAUUUCCAGUGCCACAAUCGCUAACUGCUUCCGUCAUACGGGACUCAUGGACGGUCCGGCUCUGCCGACUGGUGGGGGUGAAAACGAAGCCGGCACUGUUGGCCAGCAGGCCCAGCAGGAGGCAGCAGCUGCUGCAGUAGAGGAGCAGCGCGUGGAACAGGAUCUUGUUUCGGCGCUGGAAAGGCUCCCGCUCCGCAAUCCCACGUCGAUCGCUUCUCUUCUCAAUCCGGCUGAGGAGGAGGAGACGGCGCAUGCGGAGCUGACCGAUGCCGAAAUCAUCAAGCUUGUUGAGGAUCCGUAUGGGGAGGAGGAAGGCGCUGCUGAGGCGGAGGAGGAGGUGGAAAAGCAUUCGAAGGCUGAAAAGCUUGCCAGCCUUAGUCUAUCCAUCGCCCUUCUCGACCUUUCUCAGGAGUCCCAUCGUAUAGCUCACCGGACCCUUCGCCAAGUCCAAGCUGAUCUCCGAAGUGCGAGCACCACUCAGGCCACACUUGAUUCCUGGCUGAAGUAG